AUGUCGACUCCCGCCGAAAACUGGGCGAAACUGAUUCGGUACAACUUCGGUCGCAUGAUGGGUAACGUGCGCGCCCACGAAAAGAGAAAAAUCACGAACAGUCUGGCGUUCAUGCACCUUGCUGAACCCAACAUGCUCCUGGAAGCCUUCGGCUACGGCCCCUCUGGCUCUCCUCUCAUGAAACAGCACACCUGCCUGGCCCCCGACGGCAAAGGGCGAUUCCCCGAGCUGCAUUGGACGCGUCCCCUGGCUGGCCAGGUGAAGGAAUACGUUCUCGUCUGCGAGGAUCUCGACACGGCCUUGCCCGGCGGCAAACCUCGCAACCACUGUCUGCUGUACAACAUCCCAGGUUCUACCAUCACCGCCAGCCAUCUCGAUCUACGCACUUUCUCAGAUGAUAACGACACAAACCCUUCCACGUCUGCUGGAUGGAAAUACGUCGCCCACGGCAAGCACGUCGUCUACGUUCCUCCCAAGCCGCUGCCGGGCCACGGAGCUCACCGCUACGUCUACACCGUCAUUGCGCUCGACGACCAUCUCGUGUUUCCUCAGAAUAAGAAAGUCACAAAGGAGAAGAUCAUGGAUGCCAUGACGGGCAAGGUUAUCGGUUGGGGUCAGUGGGUGGGCCAAUUCGAACGGCCUUACGAGCGUGGUUCUCUCUGGUGA